GUGAAAAUAUUACUAAUGUCCAGAAUCCACAUCGCCUGGAAGUCUGGAAGUUCUGUUUUUCUACUUCAUCUUUCCUCAAUUUUCAAAAUACGUGUGAAAUAUUUACUUCUCACGCUUGUAAAAGACAAAUAACAGUCUGUGACAUUAUUAUUCCAUCAAUUAAUUUGGUCAAAUACUUCAAUUUACUAAAAUUCGCGUGGAAAAUGUCACCCGACCAGUCGCCGUGUAUUUUUUGCAAUAUUGUAAAUAAAUUAACUGGCACUGAAUUGUUAUACGAAGACGAGGAAAUAUGUGUUUUUCGAGAUAUUAAGCCAGCAAGCAGGUUUCACAUACUGACUGUCCCGAAAAGGCACAUUGAGGAUGUUAAAUCGCUUACAGCGGCGGACAAGGAACUUGUUGAAAAAAUGCUAAGAGUUGCUCAAGAGUUGAUCGGUAAACACAACUUGUCAGUUGAAGAUUCAAGAUCUGGGUACCACUGGCCUCCAUUCCGGAGUGUCAAACAUCUACACCUGCACACCAUUGCUCCGGAAUCGGAAAUUGGCUUCUUCGGGCGGUGGAUAUUUAGGAAAGAUUCCUAUUGGUUUGUUUCGCCAGAAUACGUCGCAUCCAGAUUGUGAUGUGAGAUAUAAUAUUAUUAAAUUUGUGAUACGCAUUUAUUUUAUUUGAAGAAUAUAUUACUUUCGGUAAAAAUCAUGUACCAGAUGAUGGCUACAGAUCAGAAUAACUUUUUUAAGAAGCCUUCAAUCGAUAUCCACCUAUUUCAUAAGUGGGUUAAGUUUCUAAAACUUCUCUUUAACUCAGACAUUUGAAAAUGGCAUCAAAAGUGGUUCAGCAAAACGCAAGAGAAUCACGGACCAAAAAAACAAGUCCAACGAAGAACCACUUCUUUUUGAAGGCGGUAAAAAAAAGUAAAUGCCAGGAAAGUGAAGUGUAGGUCAUGUAAGGGGUAGGUCAAUGAGGUCCCGUCUCGACGUCACCGAAAAGAAUAUACUGCCAUUAUACACGGGUCUUAAACUAAAGACAUAUGUAUUACAUUGUAUAUCAUGUUUCAAUGUAGCAUACAAUGGUAGACCAAAUCUAUACUAAUAUUAUAAAGCUGAAGAGUUUGUUUGACCGCGCUAAUCUCGGAACUACUGGUUCGAAUUGAAAAAUUAUUUUUGUGUUGAAUAGAACAUUUAUCGAGGAAGGUUUUAGGCUAUAUAACAUCACGCUGCAACUAUUAGGAACCAAGAAAUAAUGGAAAAUGUGAAAAAACUAAUAACGACCUUGAGGGUUUCAAUGAUGCGCAAAAUAACUAUUCCACGCGGACUAAAGUCGCGGACACAGCUAGUAAAUAAAUAAAGACGCCGUGAACCAAACAAUGUGGAAGGGAAAAACGUUGGAAAGCGGAUCUAGUUGUUGAAGAUUGUGGCAGAAGGUACUCGUACAACUGGGAACACAAUGAGAUGAUGAGAAAGUCUAUACGACACUAUCUAUGAAAUCUAUGAGCGAACGCGUAAUGUAUGAGCAGUCUCCUACCAACGUAGAAUGGCACGCGCGAUGCUGUUUUUAUCGCGCGAAAAACUAUCCCCGAUUCACUUUUUAUUAUGACGUGAAACGGAACAGCGAUAGUGCCAUACAUGGAGCUGACACAAGCAUUAUACUGAAUUGAGGCUUGUUAUCGAAAGUAAGAUCAUCUUUUAUUAGCAAAAAAAAGUGCAUUGCGCCAUUCAGUUGCGGGCUUGCUUGCAUUUAGACGUAUGAAUAUGGAAAAUACCAAAAAAUAUAGAUUUAAAUUAUUUUUUGUCUUUAAAAAAAUUAUUUAAGACAAAUUAUGACAUUAUUGAAUAGUAAAUUGUUAUAGAUCUUUAGUGAAAUUUAAGUAGGUUUUGUUAUUUUUAUAUAUUGGAUAUUAUUUAUAAUUAUUGAUUAAAAAUUUUAUUAAAAAAAAAAAUGUUAAAACAAAACGAAGAAUUAUAACAUACAUUUUAUUAAACAAUCUGGGUAUACAAGUUUAUGGCAAGACUAAUCUACGUAUAAAACAUGUAUGUUGUACCUUUUUCUAGAGGUGAAACUCAUUAGAGCGGGCAGUGCCUUUUUUUUAUGGUGACAGUCGUUCUGGAGACGACUGUGCGGGGCGCGGAUUUUAAUCGUGACGUUCACAUUUUGUAUGAAUCAAUUUGUGUAAUGGCUUCAUACAAAAUGUGUAGGUACGUAACGUUAACUAACGACCAUACAAAAUCACGAAUGUUGACAAGGUAUAUCUUCUCUUUCUAUUUUCAUGGUUAACCUCAAAUGAGAGAGAGACGGAAGAUCUCAUCUCACUUGCUAAAGAUAUUGAAAAACCCUCUUAAUGCUCGGUGUACGAUAUCGUGCAGAGUGCACAGCCCGGUCUAAUGUGCGUGUGCUUAUUAACAUAAGCUAUUAUACAGCCAGUUUCUGAUAAAUACUUAAAUAAAUACUAUGAUAUACGUACACACACCUUUUUAUUUUCGACUUGUGCGUUUAAUUACUUCAAAAUACAAUUUAUUAAAUACCCAAUACUACAUGAUUAUCCAAAUAAAUGUAAUUUAAACAUUUUUCGUGUAAAAUAUGACUCCCUACCCUGUUAAAUACAAAAUAUUUAGUACCUAACAAUGCAAAAUGCAAUCUAGGAAAGUCUUAUCUUAAAAAGAAAUUUUAAGAUAAGACUUUCCUAGGUAUGCUAAAAAAUAUUAUGCUUAGCAUGAUUUUAUAUAAAUGCAAAUUUUUUUUUAUGCCAUAUUCAGCUUUUUAGGAAUGCAAUAGGGAAUACAUUGUGAUGUUAGAGAGGAAAAGAGAACAUAAAAAAGACAAAUAUAAUGAACAUAUUAAGACAAUUUAGUGAUGUGUUUUUUU